AUACUCAGAAAUGCAUGAAUGGAUCAAAAUACCACUUUGGUGGUAUAAUACACUUAAAAGCUCAAAAAUCGUAUAUCGAUGAUGUAGGCCCUUAAAAAUGAAAUGUUAUACUCUUUUAGCCACACAAUGUGAAAUAUGAAACUGCAAAUUAAUAGGUCAAGUUCAGAAAUAAUCAUUUUUGUGGCCCAGCAAUAUUUGUAGCCACAAAUGAUGAACUUUUCCCCGAAUGCUAUAAGACCUGAACAUGUUUACAGAUAAGAAGAACCUGCAGGGUCUUGAAGGACCUGAGAGCUUAGUGACGCGCGGGCUCGACUGGACUUCCUCUAAAUCCAGACUGUGACGUCAGCUUCCCAGAAUGCCUGGCUUCCAACAGUCCAGGCCCAGCUGCACGCUUGGCACAAAACUUGUCGCAAAAUGUCGAUCAUGAAACGAAAUGGAGCCUGGGUAUCUCGCUAAAGCAAAGAGCUGUCGGUCUGUGAAGAUGGUGUCUUUUGGCUGUGACCUGGUUCCUGGACAUUUAAAGAAACUCCCGACCAACGGAUCCGUUCUGUGGAGCAAACAUAGAACCAGGCCAAUUCUCUUGAGUUUCUUGUCCCUUCAGCUCCUCUGGGCCAAUUGCAGUUGAUUGCUCAGAAUCUGCUCAAUGCUGCCUGGAAGUAGUAAGACUAGGGAAACCUCGGACCGUUGCUUCCAGGAUACCAUCUAUCUGUCCAGGAUCCAAAACAUUUGGUAGCCUUCUUAAAAUGACAGAAGUUUUGCGUUCUCACGCUCUUUUCUGCCCAUGAAUGUUGGCCACAUGUGCUUGGGCUGUUGCCAGGAGUUGCUGUGCAGCUACAUAUCAGUCUUCUUUAUAGCUGCUAGGCCAUGUUCCAUCAGCAGAACCCUUUGAAGGGUCAGCUGGAUAACAGCCUUUCAACCGACAAAGAGUUUUUUUACUGCCACAGCUGUGGAAAGCAGUACAACACACAGAUAGGUUACAGACGCCACCUGGUGGCCUUUCACAGUACCUCAGCUGGCAAGCCCUGCCCGGAGGACUUCCCUGACCUUCUAGAAAAUGUGAACCAUCUCGGUGACAUGCCUCCCACACCAGAAGGCAGCAUCAACACGCCUGUGAGGGAGAGGAAGUACUCCUGUGAGCGAUGUGAGCGACGCUUUUACACUCGGAAGGAUGUGCGACGUCACGCCGUGGUUCACACCGGACGGCGGGACUUCCUGUGUCCACGCUGCACUCAGCGCUUUGGUCGCAGAGACCACCUGACCCGCCACCUUAAAAAAAGCCACGCUCAGGAGUCGAGCUUGAUGUCUCAGUGUGCCUCAGACCCGCCUUUGACUCCUGCCAAAGAGGAGUCCGGCCUGCUGCCCCCUGAUGGGGGGGCCGUCUCUAAGGACUCCUUGGAGGUUUUUCCUAGGGACAUCUGCUCGCCCUACCCUUUGGUCAGUCCUGUCCCCGGGAUGGGCCACACACACAUGCAGGGUUCCUUGUCUGCUGGUAUGGGGGUGGGGCCCUCUCAGGUGCAGCACCAACUGCAGCCCCCUUCAGCUCCACAGCAGCAGUCCCUGAACAACAUUUCCAGAUACCAGCAUGGAUUUACCACUUAUCCUCGCUCCGACAUGGACAGUUUCCUACUGGACCUUCAGAGUGCCCCCCCACCUCAAAUGAAUGCUGUCAACUCCUCUACCUCCACCUCCCCUCAGAGGGAGACUGUGGUUGGUGUAACUGCAGGUGGCGACACCCAUCUGAUGCCUUGCAGCCCCAACAUCUCCACAGCUGAGCUGUCCUGCAGCAACAUGGAACUAGGGCCUCUGCUGGGCUUCCUGCCCUUCAGCCUGCCGCCUUACAGCCCUCACAUGGGAAUGGGGGGCUUGGUGAUGAGCUACCCACCUGCUGCCACAACCUCCAGCUCCUCUUCAUCUUCCUCCACUGUGCUGUCUGGCCAGGCUCCAGGAACGUUCUCCUUCUUCCAGCCCCCUCAGGCUCAUGUACCCCAGGGCCCUGCAGUCCACAGCCACAGCCAGCUACCUCAGCCUUCCAGCUGCCUAUCUCACUACUACCAGGCCUUCCAGCAGUGACCACAGCGACUCUUCAGCGGUGAACGUUGCUCAAGAGAAAGGCAGCAAAGGAGAAAGGCACCUCCGCUGGAAACGUGUAACCAGUCACCUCAUUAUUAAUACCUCAUUAUUUAAAGUGGGUGGGAUGUCUGUCAUGGCUUAAAAUGGGUCUUGAAACUGAGGCUCACUGUUUCAUUUUUAUUUGUGUACCAUUUCCUGUAUGACUAAAACACAACAGUUUAACUGAGUUCAAGUGAUUGGCAAUGUGCAGCGUGACGGUCCUGUGUGAAAAAUGGAUGAAGGGCUGAAAUCCUGUUCAAAUGUCAAAAUAUAACCCUGUUACUGUGUAUUUAGCUUUGCUAAUCUGUUUUAUUUGCUUUUUAGUAAGUACAAUUAAAGUCCAAGUAAAACAGAAAUAAACUGGCUUCUAAAAUGGUCCAAACUGAAGGAUAGGGUUACUGUGGAACUGACGGAGCGGAGGCUUUAGUGGGAGUGUUGGGGGGGCAAUAAGUCCGUCUAACUGAUCAACUGGGGCAGAUUUGAUUCUUUGAGUCAUUUGGGUGAAGAACAACUCUAUAAAUGGCUGAUUUCAAGGUCUAAAGUGCCUGAAAAUGUUUACUCUCAAAAUAAAGAACUGAAUAGUAUUAACAAGAGUUCCAUAAUCCUAAUUCAAUUCUCUGAGGUCUGGUUGACUCUUGAAUUUCACUCUAACAAGUUUAAAUACAGAAUAUUCUAUGACAUAUUUUAUAUUCCAUAUUGUUUUACUGAUAAUAUUUUAAAGUCCUACACCAAUCUUUUGGUCUAGUGUUCCCAGCUGUCUUUUCAUUCUGAUUAUUCUGUUUUUGGAUAAAAUCAUAAACCUGUGUCGUUUUCUAGGACAUAGUUUCUGCAGAGCGGCAGGAGCUCUUUAGAAACUCCCCUCUGAGUUGUGGGCGGGACUGUUGGUGUGGAAGUAAGCCUCCGCUGAUAUCCUUUGUUGACAUUCUCUGCUAGCUUACAGCCCCUCACACCUCCAACCUAACAUUAGCAGUGCAACAAAAAUAGUGAUCAAUAUCAGAUCCAUCCAGUCGUACAGUUUAGAUCCAGGUUCCAGCUCAGACGGGGAAAACAAAGACGAUCAUGGAUCUAUUUGUCUGCAGGUGGAUGAUCAGAAUGGAGCAGAGCAGGAACACUUUGGCCCACAGAAAGUCUGUCACACAGAAUCGAUUGAACGGAGUCUUUGUUUACAAGCCGAACCUUCUUUCCUUGGUGGACCAGGUCUGCUUGAUCCUCCGUGUAGUCCAAAGAAAGUGGACUAUCCAAUAAAACAAACCUGAAGGCCAAUCAAGUGUCCCGGUUUUAAUGUACCCUUAGCAGCCUCUAUGAACCUGGCAGUUAAAAAAGGAGCCAACUGUCGGGAAACGAAUCACACGGUCCCAAUAAUAGGGAUCUUUGUUACAGGGCAAUAAUCUUUGUCUCAUUAAAACUCUAAAUUUGCUUUACUUGGACUUUUCCUGUACCCCUAACUAUGUUUUAUCUGUGAACUGUUUUUAUUUUUUUAAAUCCAGUUGUCUGUAAUCUAUUGUUAAACAAUUAAAAUGCACUUAGCUACUAUUUCCUCCACUGAAGUGGCACAAGAACGCAUGAAGCUUGUUUAGAGUUUGCUGGAUAAAGGUGGAACGACAAAUGUACUUAAACGUGUACACAAGCGGUAGUGGUGUUUUGGAGGCCAAAGGGAAAGGUUUUCAGCUGCACGUGAGUCCUAUGAACGCAGAGUCUUCCUGUUGGUCUGGAGCAGGCCUCGGCAGGGAGGAUUGCCUCCUAAACGACCCAUCCUCGGUCGUUUGCUUCACGAUGUCAAGGUCACUAUUUAGAUGUUUGAAUCUAACCCACGUUUCAGCUUUUCUACUAUUUGGUCUCAGUGAGAUUUGUUGAAACCCCUUUCUUGAAGCCCCUCUUCUAUUAGCCCCUUGUGCUAUCUUGUGGGGUCAUCUGGACCCCACAAGAUAGUACAAGGGUUAGCAGAGGGAGACGCGGGGAACGGGACCGGUCGAGUGUUACAAUAACGGACUCCUGCAAAGAGUUUCCUGAUUGGCUAAAGCCCUAAACGUCUACGUUUAGUUUAUUGAAUCCCAUUCAAUUGUUUUUGUUACGAUUUAAUGUGGAGUUUUCCUCCGAUUUAUCGUCGUCACGUCUGUGUUCAGGUCACUACAUCCCCCAAACUGCAGCCCUGCUAGUCAGCUGAUAGGAAGCUUAGUAUUUGUAAAGGUGCUGCUUCAUCAGAAGUUGUUGUUUUCGGUGAUGUUUCCAGCAUAAAGAGCACUCGUGCUGUCUGUGUGAUUACUUAAAUGAACAAAACGGUCUACCUCUACUUCACAUUGUUCUUUUGCAUUCAUUGUGUUGCUGAAGGGUGUAAAUGCGUGUGCUGCUGCUGCUGCUGGUGGUAUUACUGCAGUGAUGCUGUUUAGUCUUUACAGAAGACCUUCUCUCAAUAUUUGCUUGUGAUUUAGCCUUACUUAUCUACUACCUCAAGAGACAGGGGGCUGUCCAUCCUCUUGAAAAGCUGAUUUUAGUUUUAGUUACAACUAACAUGCUUCGUAGCUCCACAUGUAACUAUGUACCAUAGGAAGGAUGUGCUCAGAGUUCACUGCUGUGCCUCUGCCCACCAAGUCAGGAGCUUCAUGGAAGCUUCUUAGUGAGUUAAAAAGUCUGUGUAAUCUGCAAAUUGUCAUGAAUAAAAUGUUUGUUUUAAAUGGCAUAAACAAGAAGGGUUGCGUCCAAAUUCCUUCACUACUCCAUUACCCCAAUAAGACUAGAACAUGCAGGACUGUCCAGUGUCCUGAAUUGGUGACUAACAUGUCCCUAUGGGUGUGAGUGUGCCCUGGGACGGACUGGCGAGCCGUCCAGGUUGCACCCCGCCUUCGCCCAACAGUAGCUGGGUUGGGCUCCGUGACCCCAAAAGGGCUCAAACAGGUUUAGGAAGAGUGUUGAAUGGACGGUAGUAUAACCCAAAAUGUGAUGCCCACAUAUGUGGACGCUACGUCUGAAGAGUUUAAAUACAGUUUUUCAAAUGCAAUGCAUUGUGGUCUAUAUUUGCCAAGCUAGUGAGCCGAAUGUUUUUUUUGGCAGAGACUUGUCAGGGUGUUGGGUUUUGGCAUUGGUUUUGGACACCCUGAAAAAAAAUGACAAGGGCUCGAUAAAGAGCGCCACGUAGUGAGCAGUGAAGGAAUUCAGACACAGAAACGUCGACAGCUGCUACGUUCAGCCUUCCGGGUUUCAGUACCUGCUGUUGGACUGUUUUCAUUUUUCACCACAAUGCUUCUGCAAAUUUGGAUGAAACAAACUUAAAUAUUAGCAGUGUUGAAAGUCUGUUAGAGGUUUCAGGAAGCGUGUCUGCUCAGAGCUCACACGGCGACACAAAGCUCCAGAUGCUGCACUGCUGCUCAUCCCAGCUUUUCUUUAUGAAAUGACUCUUGAAGCUGCAUUUCAGUUGAUUCUGAGCCACUGGAACGGAGAUUAGACUGUUUCCUUGGAUGAACUUUGCUUUUGGGUUGUCACUUAACAAA